CCCUCUCUUCACGGGUAAAUACAGCUAUUGUAAAACCCGGAACUCUCCUUAGCAACCAUUUUUAAAUUCAAACCACUCACUGCUAUCCGUACGUCAGUACGUCAUUACGUUACUUUUUCGUCGCUUCCCCCACCUUUCCCAUAUUCCACCUCGCUGCGCGCCGGCGGAGCUUCAUUCAGCCAUUUUGUAACAUCCUGCCGGUUGAGUUUGCCGCCGCGGGUACCGUCCCGUCAGCUUUGCCAUGAGUAAAGUCAACGAAAUGGAAUUCCCUGAAGGGUUUAAAAUUGAGGCCACCAAGACGCAGCACGAUGGCUGUAAAAUGUUCAUCGGGGGACUAUCUUGUGAUACCAGUAAGCAAGUUCUUUUUGAAUAUUUGUCUCAAUUUGGUGAGAUUAUAGACUUUAUUAUCAAAACCGACCCGAACAGUGGACUGUCCAGGGGAUUUGGAUUUGUGCUUUUCAGAAAUAGUGCCACCGUGGAGAAGGUGCUCCAACUAAAAGAGCACAAACUGGAUGGCAAGACAAUAGAGCUCAAAAGGGCUAAAGCUAUGGAAUUGAAAUUCUCUCCAAGAAAGGUUUUUGUGGGUGGGCUGAAUCCUAGUGUGUCUGAAGAAAAAAUUAGAGAUUACUUUGAGACGUUUGGAAUGAUUGAGAAUAUUAAGCUUCCGGUGUGGCCAAGAACAAAUGAAAGACGAGCUUUCGGUUUUAUUACAUAUACAGAUGACAAACCAGUGAAAAAGCUGUUAGAAACCAGGUACCAUCUAAUUGGCUCCUGGUGGUGUGAAAUUAAAAUUUCACUUCCGAAAAAAUAUAUUAAGCUGCAGCAGAAGGGAAGAGAUGCUCCAUUUGCCUGCCAAGGCAGUCGCUGGGGAGGAGGAGGCUUCCAUCCAAACCAGGGUGCCUGCGAUGCAAACCCAGCUGCCGCCGGAGCAAACCCAGCUGCCCUCGGAGCAAACCCUGAUGUGCAAGGGGCGGUUGGAGGUUGUGAUCUUUCUUCCAUGCUUGCUGCUAUUCCCUUCUCAGUCUACAACGAACGGAGUUCUGAUCAAUUAUAUGGCAAUGCCUCUGCUCCCUACAGGGAUCAGCCAGUAUUUAAUGACUAUGGUGGAGAUUAUUUUCCUAGAUAUAACUACGAUAACCGUGGGUUGGUGUCUACAUUGAUUAACCUCAAUGUGCAAAUAAACCAGGACACACCUUACCUUAGUGGUUACCAGGGAGUUUACCAGCUUUUCUGAAGAAGGAUAAAGUCGACACCGCAGAACCACCAUGUUUUGAAAUAAAAGUUGUGUACUACUGAUAAGAAAUGACUGAAUGAGUGUUUUAUAAGAAGUUGUUAACUAUUUCUGCCUAAACUGUUUCCAGCUGUUUAUAAGAGCCAGUUAUUUUCCACGACUUCACUCUUCGACGUGUGAACUACCAACAAAAUAACACAAGGAUUUGAGACUUUUUUUUGUUUUACAGAAGUUAACAGUUUCUCAAAAAUAAAUGU